AUGGCAGAAUCAGACGCAGACAUUUCUAACCCACUUUACAAUAGAAACCAUGAAGACUAUCUCUUUUACGGUCGAGAAUUAAUUCCUCAUUUCCCAUACCGUGCCUAUCAUCUAAAUAUCCUAGGAUAUCCUUUACCAAAUGGAAGAUUCGAACAGGAUAAGCACCUACCUGCAUUCUUCCUCUAUAGACUCAGAACGAUGUUUCCAGAGAUUGUUGCAAUGGUUUUUUCACGUAUUAUUGAGGAACCUUCGAUUGGUCAAACCGCAAAAAACGAUAUCGAAGGAAGUAUCUUUAUUCCAGAUCCAGUUUUAUUAUCCAGACGACUCCAUGGUCAUCCCCAUAGCGAUGAUGAAGGAGGAGGUGGACCAAUAACACCAUAUCCAAUGCCAAUCACUGCUCUUAUGUUCCGAGAGGAAACACAAGCAGUCUAUGCACCCACCACAGGACUUGACACACAGGCCUGGAAAAUCCAAAAUACUAAAGACUGGAGAGAUCAUAGAAGCACACAACGAAUUCUGGAGAGGAGUGUUUGUGGAAAUCCAUCGAAGAGUACUUACAGCCAACUGGUCCAAUUCGCAUACUCUUUGGCGCUCCACGAGGAAUUUCAAAUCGGUUACGAUAGCUGCAUUUGGUGGUCUCCUAUUGGGAGAAAACGUAGUCUUCUAAAGCAAUUUUUGGGGUGGUUUUGGAGCCACUUUGGUCUAUACAUAAACACGUGUAAUUGGAAUAUGUAUCCAAAGUACUUUUCAAUUAAUAACCUUCUACGAUAUCACAGAUUAGAGCAUCUUACUCUGCGAUUUUCCACCAAAACAAUUAAUCUCAAAAGCGGAGCUAUGCACCUGAACAUGCGUCAAUUCAUUGCAAGUUUGUCAGAAAAGCGCUGUGGCGCAAAAGGCUGCAAAGGAGAUAUCUGCGGGAAGGAAUACUGUGGAGACCACUCAUGGUUUCCCAAUCUUCGGAAUAUCACAUAUCUCAAUAGAAACCACCACACGGAAGGUACUGCAGAGCCUCGCUGUGAUCCAAUGAGAACUGGAUGGUCAAGACGCUUGAUCAGACACUUUCAAGAUGUCAAACUUUCGAAUUCUAUUGAGGUGAUGUUUGAUGUCUAUGUCAAUGCUAAUGAAGAGAGCAGUGAUGGUGAUGGAGAGUCUGAUAGCGAUUGGGAUGAGGAUCUCUAUAAGAAUCAUGAUCCUAAAGAUUAUUAUUAUGAGAGUAAUAAGACAGAUACGCCUUCUCUUUUGCAUAAUCGUCAGUUGGCAGUGCAGGAUUGUAUUCGUCGUCUCCUGAUGCCAAAUUCAUUGUUGAAGGGAAACACAAAUGACUUGCCCGAAGAGUUGGGGCUCCAGGAAUUGUUUCAAGAUCCUGACAUUUGA